AUUUUAUUUAUCCUCUUACCUAAACAGUAGAGUGGUGUUGCUCGGACUGAGUGAACAGUGUGUUCAUGCAGAAUUAUUCAGAGGUUUGACUUCAGACAGCAGUGCAGUUCGACAGCAAAAAUGAAACACGGCACAUUUUGAGGGUUGUGAAAGCUAGUUCUGCAAGUCUCCACCUCAAUGUCCGUCUGAACCAAUGAUAAAAUUAUCAACGCUUUCUAUGUAGGGCAAUUGAAGUAGCUCAUAAAAAAGUGUGUGUGCAUGUGUGUGCAUGCGUGCGUGUGAAUAUUCAGCUAUUCCUGGUCACAGCGCACCACUGGAGAAAACCUAUCUAAUUAAAUAUUAAAAAUAAAAAACAGGUCAUCGUCCGAAAAUAAAAGUUGAAAAUCCUCAAUAGAUUUAAUUCUUAGAAGAGAACUCUGAUAUUAACAGCUUCUGUGUUAUUGCACUUCAGAUGAAGCCCUUAUAAUUUGCAGCAGCUUCAGGGCGUUCAAUUAGUUCUACUGGGUCAUGCCUCAAAGCUCCAGACCUACAUUUGGAAUUUUAAAUCUUUCUUUCCCCCACCCCCUCUCUCAAAGGGGCUUUAAAGCAAAGCAAUUGUGAACUUUGAAACGUUUUGCAAGAUUCUAAAGGUCACUUGUAAUAUGCCAGUUAUUUGAGAUGUACCAAAAGUUGUCAUAUGUCCAAAUCUUUUAGUACAAGAGGGGAUCUCCUACAGUAAAUCAGUUUCAACAAAGCCAACUGACAUUACAUGCACAAUAGUACUGCCUGUUUUACCACACAAGUCCUAUCUUGCAUUACCAAUGUAAUGCACUUUUAUUUAGAUUUGCUAACCAGUGGCAGAGUGGACAUCCUGCAGUCUAGCAUAUCAUAACUUGAUCAGUACACUAGAGCUGCUUUAAAAUGCUUAAACAGGAAUUAGCUUAUAAAAGCAAAUAAGCUGUUUUAUACUGUCCACUUAUCUUUAUGAUGAUUGCAACCAUUGAGUGUUUCUGAUUGCAAUUACUCUAUUAUGCUUUUUUAUAUAUGUUCUGUAUUUUGGUGCAUUGGUUUGAGUUGCUGUUCUAGCUGCCUUCUAUAGACAUAACCCCGGUUAUAUCAGUCAAGGUAUCUUUAAGAAGAAGCAUGCAAAUCACAGAUACGCUCAAAUACACACAAAGUCAAUGGUGAUGUGCAAUGAUGUAGCUCAAGAGAUGUACUGUAACAUGCACUUUACUGUUAUACCUAGGACUGGAAUUUCACUCCUAAGCAUUUAAAAAUAAUAGCAAUUAACUCAUUUGACCCAUGUUUAGUAUUCUUCAAUGGUUUUCCUCUUGGCCGAAAACAGACAAAAAAGAAAACAGAGCCCCAAUGUAUCAUUAUGUGAUGUCUCCACAGACCAGCCAGUCAAAUGAUCAGCAAUAACACUAGACCACUAUUACAUUAAAUUUAAAAACGGCAAGUCUUCCCAUGAUUUUAAUUCAUUUCACAUGAGCAAUAUGCACAUGAAUACCCUUCUGGUUGCUAACUUUGUUAUUUAUUUAUUAAACAUGAUCCUUCUUUAAAAGUCUUUGUUUAACAAUCAAACAUGUUUGUUGUGGGUUUGUUUAAAGCUCAGUAUUGCCUUAUCGUACUGUAGAUUACCCAUCAUAUAUUGGUAUUUAAAAAUCUAAUAAAAAAAAGCAUUGAAAUUAAACGGCGUAAAUGAUUCCAUUAACAUUGCAUUCCUCUUCAACCACGAAAUCCAUGCCACAGACAGCAAAUGACACGGUCUGCUACUCUCGCUGGGUAUCAGUCUCAUGAAUAAAACAUCUCAACCCAGCUCAGCUGUAAAACUACUCUCCUCAAGGAGGAUCCCCUCUCCGUGGUAUUUUCAUGUAGUAACAAACACCAGACAUUGAUUCGAGGAUGCGUUUUUUCUUCUUCAUUGAAACACUGAACGUUGUAGUAUAAUGGAGUCAUUCACAAUUCACCUACACUCAGAAAUAUUUGGGCACUCUUCAGCACGGGUUUAAAGAGAUGUUUCCAGCAUCCUCGUACGCGUUUCACUGAUCAAUCAGCACUGUCAGCAAUAAUAUAACAUUAAGAAACCUCCCUUUAGUCCAGACUGUGUUAGAGACAAGUAACAUUUUGUCAUUCAUACACGAUUAAACACAGCUGAUGCAAUCAUUCAGACGCUGCUUAACAAGUCGAGUUCUAAAACAUUUGAAGGAUUUAACAAAAACUGUUCUCAAAAUCCAGUGUUCAAGAUAACCACGUUUGUUGCGCAAGCUUCCAGAAGCAGUACAAGGGGAUGGUGUUUCGCAAUAUUUUUUCAAAAUGAUCGGUUGCCAAUUCAUUUCAAGUUACGAAAGGGAAUCCAAUUUGAAAGGUGGUUUAUUUUGUAACCAAUUAACAAUGUAAAUCGAUAUUAUGUUUUUUUCUUUUUUUUUUUUUAGACACUCAUUUCUGAUUUUAUGAAUUAAAAACAAACAAUAAAAAUUAUCCGUAACAUGCUAUUGAAUAUUUGAAAUCCAGGCAAUGCAUCACUACUCACUCACUGACAGUCUAACCAGAUAAACUAGCAAUAUACACAACUAGACGUGUCUGAAUACAGAACCGUAUAAGAACAUUAACACGUCUUUUGAUUGCUAUUAGAAAGAAACAGUGAAAUAAUCAGGUUUCAGGACCUUACCUUACCUUUGUGUCUCUCUCUCCUGCGCUUGUGCGUUUCGGUUUGCAAACCACUGUCACACUUACAGGAAACACACGUAGUGUAUACAGCAAGCACUUCCGCUCACGGAUCACGCAAUUUGCUGUUCUGUAUAUUUCUUUGACAUGGUGUAGAAACAAUUAAGAGAGACAAGCUAAUAAUUUUUGUUUCGUUAAAAUUGUCACGUUUCGUAGGUAUAAAAAAAUAACCAUUGUAUGGUUUGAUAUGAAAACGUCAUCCGAACGCGACUUCCAGUGUCUCGUUGGCAUGGUCUACCGGUUGUUGGGUUGCUGAACUGCCUACAGGGAUUUAAUAAAGCCAGUCAUGGAUUCACUUUCCAGUCCAAUAGUUCUUGGUCUUCUAACUGGAGUGGGCUGCAGUGUUUGCUUGGGAUGGCUGCUCCGUGGUCGGUUUGACAGAUCCCCCAAAGGCGUACUUCCUUCCAUGGAAAACAGGACAGGGAGUGAAACGAGCAUCAUGGGCGAGUCUGGAGAGUUUAAAAUGAUCCUGGUGGUGCGCAGCGACUUGAAGAUGGGAAAGGGCAAAGUGGCAGCACAGUGCUCCCACGCUGCUGUGUCUGCAUACAAACAGGUGCAAAGAAGAAACCCUGAAUUGCUUAAGCAGUGGGAGUAUUGCGGUCAGCCAAAGGUGGUAGUCAAGGUACCGGAUGAAGACAGCUUGAUUGAGCUUUUGGCCAGUGCUAAGGAGCUGGGCCUGCCUGUUAGUUUAAUACAGGACGCUGGGCGCACACAGAUCGCACCUGGUUCUCGUACAGUGUUGGGUGUGGGGCCCGGUCCGGCUGAUCUUGUGGACAAAGUAACUGGACAUCUGAAACUUUACUAAGUUUGCAGUGCAAGUGAAAAAUACAUUGUGUCCUGUUUUUUUUUAUUUUUUAUUAUUGAUUAAAUCAGUUGUCAUUUUCUGUUUGAUAUUUCACCCGUUUGGCUUUUUUCCUGGCAGCAACAUGUAAAUAUUUGUGAAUUCUAUCAGUCAGAACUUUGCAAGUGUAUUUGGCUGCAGUGCUAUUAAGUGUGAAUUUCACCCUGAAAGUGUAGUAUUUCAUUUAAUCAACACUGUAGUGAUGGGGCUGUGAGAUUUGUUCAGUACAUAACUAAGGUUUGUUAAGAGUUAUUGAAUGGUGGUUAAACCUAACUGUGCCUUGUUUAGCUUGGAUUUGACAAGAUCAUUUUAAUUAUAUUAAUUCCUAGAAUGUUCCAAAUAAAAACACAACUACCAUCAGCAUUUUUUAUUAGAAUAGAAUUGCUAAAUUCUACUUCACACUUCCGAGGGGCAAAAGUACAGGAUUUCUCCUCAUCCUGUAUAAUUAAAUAGGAAAGUACGACAAUGGAGCGGGACUACUAGAAAGUGUCCAUUAGGGGGUGCUAUAUCCCUGCUGAGCAACUGUUUCUUCUACUGGUUGGUUGGUUUGCAAAUCAAGGAUUUGAUACGAAAAGGUGAAAUCUUUUCAUAGUUUAUUCACCCGGGCAUGGUUUAGGAUGUAUAGUAUUUUAAGACGCCACAAACUAGGUGUGGAAUCUGUUGUCACAGGUGGUGAUUACUUAAGCCAUUCAUGCUUUCUUUCAAAGGGUGAACAAUCCCACUAAAAUAAUGCUUAUAAACCUUUAAAACAGAAAAACCUGUUCACCCAAGUGUUCUUUGUUCCUCAAAAAUAUUAAACAUGCUCUGUGUUAAUAAGACUUAUUGUGGAUGCAAAAAUGUUUUCUGAAUAACAUUCAUUCAACCCUAUUUAGAAGUUUUCUUGAAGACCAAGACUGUUUCAAUUUUAAAUACACAUAACCUACAUUUUAUUGUGUGGCGUGUGUCCCAAUGGAUUACAUGUAAAUCAUGCCAAAAAUUACAAUAGUUCACAUAUAGUUCUAGCCAAAUAAUCUGUUACUUUAUUACCUCCAAAGCUCCUGGAUGCAUGUUGCUUUACUCUGGGUCGCUCAAUCUACCUUUGCAGGAGGGAGCGAAUGCCAGCAUGAUGGCAGUUCCUGCUCACCUAUAACAAGAGGAGCCAUUUUAUAUGUGUACUUUUUUAAAUCCACCCAAAAUAGUCAUAAAACGCUUUGUUUCAUUGUGGUCGGUUUUAAGCCCUUGAGUAAAGUGUAGGCAGAGUAAUAAAAUGUCAUGUUAUUUAUAUACA